GCUCAACUGUUAUCGAUAUUAUCAACAGCUGUUGAGCAGCAAAUUAUAUAUUUUUAUUUAUUUAUUGGACCAACGGUUGAUAAAUAACGCUUAAAUUAUGCAUAUCUAACUAUCUAAAUUAAUUGUUAAAUGCGUCAUCAACAACAGCAACAACAAUGGCUUGUUAUUAUCGCCAACACGAGGAAUCUGCGGUGACAAUACCCAAAUAUAAUGAAACAUCCAGCGGGGGCGUUAUUUUCUAUGCAAUUUUUGUGCGUGUGGGAAAAGUGGAAUGGAUGGUUGAGAGACGCUAUAGAGAUUUUUCUCAAUUGAACGAUAAGCUAGUUGAAGAGACAUCAAUAAGUAAAAAACUUUUACCCCCCAAGAAGCUAGUGGGCAAUCGUCAGCCCGCAUUUCUUGAGCAGCGACGUGAGCAACUGGAGACAUAUUUACAGGAGCUUCUUGUCUAUUUUCGCACAGAACUACCACGUACCUUGGCUGAAUUUUUGGAUUUCAAUAAAUAUGAUAUAAUCUAUUUGCUGCAGGAUUUGGCUCAAUUGUUUCACGAACAUGGCGAUGCCUUGUUGAGUGCCAAAAAGGAAUACAAUCUAUCUGCUUUAGAGGUCUUUGCCAUCAGUGAACGUCUAAGUUUACCUUGUCCGCCGCCCAGCAGCCUGGUACUUGGGGGCAAAUUCGAUUUCUUCCAUGUCUUGGAUUUCUGUUCACAACUCGUGGCUUUGGUGGUUACUCCCGUUAAGGAUUCGAGCUGCUUUGCCCAGGAUUAUAACACAGUAGAUGUGCCCAUUGGUCUAAGUAAUAUCAUUCCCAAUCGUUUAAGCUUCAAUUUGAAUGCCUUCCGCAAUCUCAGAGCAUUAAAAUUCUCUGCUCUAUCCACGGAGAAUAUUGUGGACAUUGAAUUGUUAAAGCCAACUCUGAAGACAAUUUGUGUCCACCAUACGACAAUCACUCACAUUAAUCAAGUUUUGUUGUGUGAUAAUUUGCAUAAGGAUUGUGAAGUCCCCAGCAUAUUGCCAGAAGCAUUAGCCCCUUCCUCCUCAAAUGGCAAUAGUCAUUUGAUUAAGACAGAUGCCUGGCAGGAACUUCAUGAACUUGAUUUGACUGGCAAUUUAUUAACCCAAAUUGAUGGCAGUGUAAGAACUGCUCCAAAAUUACGCCACCUAGUACUAGAACAAAAUCGCAUACGUAUCGUCCAGAACCUUGCUGAAUUGCCUCAUUUGCAGAUGCUUUCGCUAUCUGGUAAUCUCAUAGCCGAUUGCAUAGACUGGCAUCUGACCAUGGGUAAUCUGGUGACACUCAAUUUAGCUCAGAAUAAACUGAAAAAUUUGAGUGGCCUACGCAAAUUACUUUCGUUGGUUAAUUUGGAUUUAAGUUCGAACCAGAUAGACAAUCUAGAUGAAGUGGAUUAUGUUGCCAAUUUGCCAUUACUAGAAACUCUGCGUCUGACUGGCAAUCCACUGGCUACCAGUGUAGACUACAGACCACGUGUUUUGGCCCGUUUUCAUGAGCGUGCCGCGGAAAUGUGUCUGGACAAUGAACGUGGCACUCAACAGGAAUUGGACACAGCUCUGGUUUUGUCUGCUUUGCUGCAAUCGCAGCAACGAAAGCCACUGAAAUGACAUGCAAUUAACUUUAAAGUAUUCCAGAAAAAGCUCACAUUUCUAUGGCAGUUGCAGAGGAUUCUUUGUAAAAGUUGAUAAGUUUCGCAAUUUUAGUUUGUUAGUAAAUCCUCUGCUAAAUUCCAUCCAAAAGACCAGAUCAAAGUACUCAAAAACUUUUAAUUUGUUAUGUCGUGUAAUUAAGUCAAAUAAUUGUAAUAAUUUUGUUCGUGUCAGUCCUUCUUAUCUUUUGUCGAUGGAAAGUGCAAUAUUUUUAAUGCUAACAAAAAAUGAAGAAAAAACAAAUGCUUAUAUAUAUUGUUUAAUAAAGCGAAAUCUCAAAAUAUAGAUAAAACACCUCUUGGAAAUCCCUAAAUAUUCGGGAAAGUUGUUGCGAGGGUGGUCUUAAAUUUUAGUCAUACCUCGAACGUUGCUGAAUUAGU